AUGAUUGACUUCCGGGGAAAGCCUCUGUAGAAGAUGUUUGUAUUUGGCUACUAUGUAGGCUAGCCUGUUUAUGAUAUCUUUCUAUGUUAUAGUAAUACGUUUGAAAAGCGAUGUUGACAUAUUUCAUUGUGCUUGUAGUGGCGUGUUUAACUGCGCUCAUGGUUCCAUAUGAUUGGGCAGCUGUAUGGGAUGCGAUGCUUCGCUCACUUGGAGCAUCAAAUGCACCUGUCCGGAUGAUAACGAAAAGUGAGCUCUCUAAAUACAACGGGGAAGUCAAUCGCCCAGGGUUAUACGUGGCAGUUUUGGGACAGGUAUUUGAUGUAAAUAAAGGACGCAAACAUUACGGCCCAGGUGGAGGUUACCAUUUCUUUUCAGGUAAAGACGCAUCCAGAGCAUUUGUGACUGGGGAUUUCACAGAAGCGGGACUGACUGAUGAUGUGUCUGACCUUUCCCCCUCUCAAAUUGUGGCUCUGUAUGACUGGCUGACGUUUUAUCAAAAGGAUUACACCCCAGUUGGAAGGGCGGAGGGCUAUUUCUACAGCGCUGAUGGGGAGCCCACGGAGGCCCUGCGGCAGGUGGAGGUGGCCUUAGAGCAAGGCCUGCAGCUCAAGGCCCAGGCCCAGGCCCACAGUGUGCAGUACCCGCCCUGCAACACAGAGUGGAGCUCCGCAGGGGGACGCGUCUGGUGCUCCACACAGAGUGGCGGUGUGAAAAGAGAGUGGGUUGGCGUUCCAAGGAAGCUCUUCUCUCCUGGUUCCAGCCGCUCUCACUGUGUGUGCCUGCAGCAGGAGCUCAGCCGCUCGGACAACCCCAACCUGCAGGAGUACAGCGGCUGUCCAGCUGAGGCAGAAUCCUGCUUUGUCAGGGAACACUGAACUAGCACAGACAUUUCAAUCACACAGUCCCUCUUAAUCCUAAUCUGAAAUUCUUGAAGACUGAAAGUUUUUAUCACUGGUUGAAAAUAAAUGUUUUUUUUUUUUAGUAUGUCA